AUGAUCUAUUACUUCCCCCUUCAGACACUGGCACUCACUGGUUUAGAAGUUUUUGCCAUUGCAUUCCUUUCUCCAAUAUUCUUGAUAAUUGGUCCUUUUUGGAAGCUGGCUAACAACAAGUAUGUCCUAGCCGUUCUGAGACUGACUAUGGUUGGAAGCUUAGCAUCAUAUCAGGCACCAAGUGCUUCAAUUAGACUGUUCAUCUUGGCUGCAGGUGUUUCUUCCUCAUUGCUGGUUCAAGCAGUAACGUGGUGGUCAGGAAACAGUUUACAAAGGUUCAUCAGGAUAUGGGGCUUCAUUCUAGGCAAGAUAAUGCUCCUUGUUCUUCGAAUCUGGUAUGCAUCACUAAACCCAGUUUGGAGCUCACAAGCUGCCAAUACUGUCGUACUGACACUUGGUUUUAUAGCAGCAGCGGAGCAAAUUCACGCAGGUGGAGAGAGGAAGAAACAAGAAGCAAAUAAGACUGGUAAUACAGUUAGAGGGACUGUUUCCCAGCCGAACUGGCUUUUGUCAGGAAUUACUUUUGGCAGCCUUAUGUUCCUCACUGUGUGGAUAUUUGGGGAGGUCUCAUUAGUUUCUAGAUGGGCAGUGAGUGGACAUCCCCAUAGAGGCCCAGAUCCUAAUCCAUACGGAGGUAUAGUUCUUUUGGGACUGGCUCAUGGAUUGAUGCUUUCAUUCUGGAGUUGGUUUUCUGUCACCAGUUUUGCCUGGUUCCUUAUAGGUAUAACAUCAUCGGCUGGUCUCCUUUAUUUACAGACCUGGAGUGCUGCUAUUGCAGGCAACGUUCUUGCUGUCUUUACUAUGAGUGUGUGGCCUCACCUGGCUGGACACUUUAUUAGCUGUCUGCAUCCUGGGAAAGCCAUGACUGCAGCCAUGUUUGCCUAUGUUCUUGAAUUGUUCUUCUGUGUAUGGUGUACUGCUUAUAAAUUUGUACCUGGAGGAAUUUAUGCUAGAGAAAGCUCCCACCUUCUUUUAGGGUUUCUCAUGUUAUGUAUUGGGAUAGACAUUCUAAUGGGAUCCAAGAAAGAUCUUAGCUCUGUCUUUGAAGUGAAAAGUAACCAAAAGCCACUAUUCAAAAAAAGUAAAAAAUAUAUUAAACUACUCUUGUGGCUGUUUGUUGGUGUUGGUUUGCUAGGAUUGGGUCUACGUUAUAGAGCUUACAAGAAGAAGUUGGGGCAAGGGGUGCCAAAAAGAGACUUCUCUGCUAUGAUUUGGCCUUUUCGAUUUGCAUAUGACAAUGAAGGAUGGUCUAAUUUGGAAGGAUCUGCUAAUUUGCUUAAUCAGACAGAUGCAGAUUUUAUCACUAUUCUGGAAAGCGAUGCUUCUAAACCGUUCAUUGGGAACAAUGAUCCAACAAUGUGGCUUGGCGAAAGACUAGGAUUUUACACAGAUUUUGGUCCAAGCGCAAGAGAUCACACUUGGGGGAUUAUGGCACUAUCAAGGUAUCCAAUUGUAAAAUCCACGCAUCACCUACUCCCAUCUCCCGAGGGAGAGAUUGCACCUGCCAUCUCCUUGACUGUCAACUUCACAGGGAAGCUGGUUGACUUUGUUGUCGCUCACUUUGGAAAUGAAGAAGAGGAUUUGGACAGAAAACUCCAGGCCAUAGCUGUUGCCAAGCUGUUGAAGAAUAGCUCUAAGCAAGUUGUAUUUCUGGGAUACAUCACUUCAGCUCCUGGAUCCAGAGAUUAUACUGAAUUAAUAGAAAAUGGAAAUGUCCAGGAUAUUGACAGUACAGAUCUUGACAGAUGGUGUAGUUAUAUUAUGUAUCGUGGAGUAAUAAGGUUGGGCUAUGCCCGCAUAUCUCAUGCUGGUUUAAGUGAUUCAGAAGUCCAGAUGGCCAAAUUUAGGAUCCCUGAUGACUUGGAUAACUAUAUUGAUAAUGAUAGAAUUGUCAUUGAUCCCAACCAAGUUCCUGAGGACAUCCAUUUCAAUCCCAGGUUUGGAUCUUAUAAAGAUGGACAUAAUUAUGAGCAUAUUCAUCACUUUCAUAUGAGCACUCCUAAAUAUUUUAAACAGACAAAUUAGAAUGAGAAAGUAAGGUAUCAUUGGGACCAACAGGAAAGAUUUGUUGCUUGAAACUGAAUGGCCAGCAAAAAAGAUUACAUUGUUUAAGGAUGAGGAACUCCCAUGCUGUAUAGCACUGAAUGUCUAUGUAAUGGUUACUCUCUUUAGUGAGUUUUCAUCCCUGUGAGAGAGGGAAGGUGCAUGUUGAUAAAGUGGUAUCUACCUGGGACAAAUAUCUGCUUUGUAUUCCGCAAAGGAAGACUGGGAACAUGCUUUGGCAAUAGCUUCUUCAAUUUAAUUGAAACGACCUAUAUUGUACUAUUUCACAGCUGAACAUAUCUAUCCACCUUUUCUUUAGGGUCCAGAUAUGACCCCUUUGCUCUUCUAGGAGCAAGGAGUUGGAGCCAACUUCCAUACUUUUUUUUUAAUGACUCAGGCAAAGCAAAAGAGUGUGAUAGUAUAGGUGACCUGCUCAGAUGUUACACUUAGUAGUCCAGCUACUAUUGCUAUAAAACGUAUAUAACGUGGCCUAUAUUCUUUUCAACAAAGGAAAGAUACUAGAUUGUGGGUUUUUUCCCACUGGGAGAUAUGGAAUUAACUAUAUGAUAUGUUUAAAGAAGUGGAGUUUGUGCAUUUUUGGACUUACUGAAACCAUAUUUACAUCUGCUGCUAUUUCAUGCUUUAUUCUUAAAGAAUGUAUUUUAUUGAAACAAUUUACAAAUGAUUGAUGUUCAUAGUAUUGGAGAAAAGGCUGUGAAUUUUUUUUAAAGCCAAAUCAUUAUUUACCUACUUUCUCUUUUAACAAGGUAUUAGGCACUGCAAUGUUUUUACAAAGGAAAGAGUAAAGUAUUUCUGAAUUGCUAUUGUUAUAUGACGCUUAGUGAACACACUGAAGAAGAACAGAAAAAAAACCCACUGAUGAUGGCAAGG